AGGGAUAGUCUAGCAGACCACAACUGAGACUUCCUUCAAUAUUUCUUUGCCUUUUUUUGCUGCAGCAGUAUUUGGUCAUUUCCUUCUCAGUUUCUCAGAAAAAAAAAAAAAAAAAAAAUGGGGCUCAAAGGUAAAAUGAUUGGUCAAACUAACAUCCAUGGCCCUGCUGGAGAUGUGUUCCAUGAUGCCUUCAGCAAAAGACCACACCAUCUUGCCACCAUGACUCCUGAGAAAGUUCAAGGGUUUACUUUGCUUGGUGGUGAUCUUGGAACUGUUGGAUCCAAAAUCUGCUGGCACUAUACCCAUGACGGGAAAGAUAGGGUGGCAAAGCAGAUUAUUCAAGACAUAAAUGAAGAAAAGAAAUCAAUCGUAUUUAAGAUGAUUGAAGGAGAUCUGAUGGAGCUGUACAAGACCUUCACUAUCAUAUACCAUGUUGAUGUUCUUGGUGACAAAGAAAGUUUGAUUACAUGGACUCUCGACUAUGAGAAGCUGAAGGAAGAUACCCCACAUCCAGGAACCUUGCUCAACUUUUUCCUUCACAUGGUUGAAGACAUUGAAUCUCAUCAUAUCAAAAAUCCUUGAACCAUCUAUAUAUAUAGACAUAUCUCUUCUAAGUAUUUAGCGUGUUUGAAGUUGCUAUGGUGUCUUCUAAAAUGGAUGCACGAAUAAAUGUGUGCUAUUAAGUGCUAUGUCAUUAUAAAGCUAAUGCUUGUUAGUUUCACAAGUAAUGUUUGUAAAAGUUGAACAACAUAAAUAAAUAUUAUUUGUGAGUAAUGAAUAUUUGUGAUUUUAUUGUGACA